AUGGAAACAGUAAAUGAGAAAAAGGCUGGAUGUCCAUUCUGUGGUACAUAUUUUAGUCAUCGAUCCUCGCUUAUCCGCCAUUUGAAGAACAACUGCAACAAAUCGCAAUCGCAAAGCCUGAGACGCAAAUCAUGCCACCAGUGUGUCGCUGAUAAAGCCAAGUGCAACUUGAGACGUCCCAGUUGCUCGCGGUGUUCUCUACGGAGUGUCUCCUGCCAAUAUACGAGUGCCGAAUCGACUGAGUCCCUGACUGUAGAAACUGAGAACCACGAUUUCAGCAUUAGGGAAGGUAAUGCGGACAAGUCUCCGGUACCAUCACUUACUACUCAAGUACAAGAGUCGCAAUCAAUCUUCGAUCCUAAUCUGUUUGAUUCAUGCUUCUCGAGUCUAGCGUCCUGGGAUCUGACGCAACCAACGAACCUCAAUCUCCGCUCUCCACAACGCACAGUGGACCCAGAUCUCCUCUCUUUGAGUGAUAACAAUGAAUGCGGAUCUCCAGAACUAAUUCGAGCCAUCUCACUUCCACAUGGUCGACAUAGCCCAUCCGCAGAUACGAACUCAAUCGCUCUGGCUCGCCACAGCAUGGAACUCAUCUUUCGGGUUCUCAAAAGCUGGCCAAAAAUGUUGGCCGAAGAGUUCCAGCUACCACCGUUAUUCCAUUCAACGCACAUCACACAAGGUAAAACAUUACCAUUGCCACUAGCGAAAUGCAUAACCCUGAUCAAAAUGUGGCACGGGCAAUGCGAAGGCGCAGAGGAGAUGGUACGCAAAACAAUUCUAGGAGAGCUAGACAAUAUAGUAAAUCAGUCCAAUCAACUCGAUGAAACAGACCUACUAGCAUCAUUACAAGCAGUGGUCAUAUACACGAUCAUUCUCCUAUCCCCGUCAUCCAGCUCCCAACCCCUCUUAACAGACCAUAACAUCGUCUUCCGCAAGGUCGAGCUCCUAGUCUAUCAAAUCGUGCAUGCAGGCCUCUUCCUCGAAGAAGAGCGAACACAGAUGAGACCGUCGUGGGAAGCAUGGGUACACGUUACGGCGAAACGCCGCGCAGUACUUGCCCUAUAUCUUCUUCACUGGGCGUACUCGGUAUUGCAUGAGGUGCCAUGUUUCGACUGUAGGGAUUUGGGCUUUAUGCCUGCCCCGGCUGCAAAGGCGCUUUGGCAGGCGCAGUCUGAACAGGAGUGGAAUACGCGGUAUAUUCACUGGCUGUCGCGCUGGAGUGGUCAAUGUUAUCUGCAGGGUGAGUUUGGGAACAUUCGGCCUGGGGUAGUUAUGGAUGCUAGGGCUGAAAGGUGGUUGGAGGAGGCUGAUGAGUUUGGGUUUAUUAUGAUCUCUAUUGUCAAUGCUACGGACUUUGAUCCUCCCUCGCUCAAAGCAUUAGUUCAAUGA